AUGUGGUUAGCUUAUGUACAAGAAACUCCAACCUACAGCUUGACAACAGCAGUUGAAAAUUUGGCACAACUUUUUAGAAAUUUGGAAUUUGACGCGGAGCAUGAAGCUAAUUGUGGAUUUGAAAGGUUCAAAACGAUCGAAGAAUGUAUGGAACUUGCAAGAAAAUAUAGCAAAGCGGAGGAGGCUUGUAAUACCUACUUACAUACUUUGGAUCUGACAACAUUCCUUACUACCAUAAAACACAUGGAUUUUGCUCAUUUUUUAGAUAAAGUGAAAAGAAAAUCAGUGAGAGAAAAAUAUCAUAAUUUGAAACUAGCAAGCACGACAACACAAUCACAAUUGGAACAAACCUAUAAACCAAUAACAGAACCACUAAAACAACUAAUUUCUACUAUAGGUGAACCGAUAGUACUGAAAGAAGAACCCUUUAGUUUAAAAGAAGAAUUUGUAACACCAAAAAAAAAAUACGAAACUUCAACACCAAGCAAACAGAGAAUAGUUCGAAAAACAGGAAAAACUCCCAUUUUACCAUCAGAGAUACCAUCAUUUUUUGAUACUAGUGUUGCUUCUGUUAGUCAAUUUCCUUCUAUACAGGAAACAACUGUUUUAGCUGAAACUAGUCCUUUUCCAAAAGGUAGUACUAGUGAAAGUUUAAAUUUGUCCGAUAUAUUGGAACAAACUAAGCAAUCAAUUAAAAAUUAUAUAGACUCCCCAUCUUACCAAGUGUAUUUGUCAGAUUUUCAUAAAUUACCUAGGUCCUAUAUUGAUGGAAGCGUAAGGGAUACAGAACAUAAAUUCGAUCAUAAUUAUGGAGUAGUUCAUGAUAUUGAUGGUGAAAAAUUUUUUCUGGGUCUAACACAAAAACCCGUGAAAAUAGUUGGUAAAAAUAUUGUAGUAGAGGGUAGAACUUAUGAGGGUACUGUGGGUUUAUACGAAUUACUUUUUAAAAAGGAACCUGUUGGCUUCAAACCCAAAGAUUUGGAUAAUUAUAUGGACAUUUUGAAAAUAACAAAUGCAUACCGUAGAAAUAAUGACCCCAAUGAACAAGUUCAAGGAACCGCAUCUACGAAAUAUAUUACAAUUAUAGGUCCAUAUCUUCAAAAGAAAGGAAUUACAAAAUCUAAAACAAUAAAUCCCGUUAGACCAACUACUUUCGAAAAACCUAUUGCCCCAUAUCGAAUAAUUGAUAAAUUCGGUCGUCAUAUUUCGAAACGUAAUUCAAUGAAUAAAACGUCACUAGAAAAUGUCGAUUUUUCUACCGUUGAAAAUACAAUUUUAAACAACUUGAAAAAAGACCUAACUUAUUUUGGAAAAAAAAUAAAUGAAGAUUUUGAGAAUAGAUUAAAACAGGAUGUGAUUAAUGUUAAUAAAAGGUUGAAUGAAAAUGAUGUAAAAAUCGAAAAUACUGCAAAAAAAAUUAAGCUUUUUGAAAAUGAUUUAAAAAAAGACAUUAUUGAUUGUAGUGCAUCAACAAAAAAAAAUUAUGAAAAGCUAACAAAAUUUGAAGGUGAUAUUGAAACAAUAACAAAAUAUCAUAAUGAUGUUAUUGAUUUGAAAAAUUAUUUUGAAACCGAAAUAACGAAAUUAAAAACAUACAUGAAUGAAACAUCAAAAAUCGAUAGUGUUCAAAAAAGCAUAGAAGAUAAUCUCAAAUUAAAAUUUGAAAAUUUUUCAACCAAAGUUUAUGAUAGAGUUACGAAAGAAGUAAAGUACUUCAAAAAUAAUCAUGAUAAUAUUGAUAAAAAUAUAAAGCGCUUGGACAGAACUUCAAAUUUAAAUGCACUACUACGAAAAAAAAAUACUGACGAUAUCGCAUUUAUAAAGGAGCAAUUAAACACAAUUUUGACACAAAUUCCAAAGCUAACAUCGAUACAAAGUUCAAGUGAAGAAGAAGUACGUAAUCUUAAAAUUAAAUAA